UCCUGCGGAACAGAUUGUGGUUUUCCUUCAUUUCUGGUCGGAACAGUUGUAAGAAGCACGCCAUUCGCUGUGUCCGCWGAGGUAGCUGAGAAACAUGCCUAAGUUUUACUGUGAUUAUUGUGAUACUUACCUUACACAUGAUUCGCCUUCAGUGAGGAAGACUCACUGCAGCGGUCGAAAACACAAAGAAAAUGUGAAAGAUUAUUACCAGAAAUGGAUGGAGGAGCAGGCUCAGAGCUUGAUUGAUAAAACAACGGCUGCGUUUCAGCAGGGAAAGAUCCCCCCCACACCCUUCCCAGGUGGACCUCCUCCAGCUGGACCUCCACGCCCAGGUAUGCUACCAACGCCGCCCAUGGGAGGACCACCUAUGAUGCCCAUGAUGGGGCCCCCACCACAUGGGAUGAUGCCCGGCGGGCCCGGCAUGAGACCCCCGAUGGGAGGACCAAUGCCGAUGAUGCCUGGACCACCUCACAUGAUGCGUCACCCYCGACCCAUGAUGAUGCCGGUCAGGCCCGGAAUGGCCCGUCCAGACAGAUAAGACUGAGAGGACGCUUUGUUGUGAUAAACAGAUUCUGUCCAGUUAAAACACUUGGAUAUGUUUUUUUUAAAGUCAACCUUAAACCUCGAACACAGAUCCCUUCGAAUURAGACAUUUUUCUUCCUGGUAUUUAUUGCUUUUCAUUGCAUUUGAAAUAAUUUCAGGUUAUUUUGUGAAAAAACAUCACUUUUUUAUUAUUAAACAACAUCCUCAGUUUUUAGUGUCAGAAGCUCAGAUUUACUGUUCAGCCCACACUUCUUCAUAAAACAUGAUUAGGUGUUUUUUUUUUACUUUGUUGUAGGUUUGAAAUUGUUUUGUAAGUCAUUUGCAUUGGUUUGGGAAAUAAAACAAUGCUUUGAUACAAAUUUA